UAAGAGGAGUUAGAUUAAUCGAUCUGUUUAAGGGACUCCUUGUGAGGACUAAAACAAAGUACGCUGGAAUCAGAGCCACAACACUUCAUGACCAUUCACGGAUGGAUAGAUCGACAAAGAGCGAGAAUAAGAGCGGAUAAGAGAGGAGAGAUGGAUUAACUUUGACCCAACCUUGGACAUUGUGUGAAGGGUUUGGAGAGGAUUGAUUCCGCAUCAGACGGCCGCUGCAGUUACCUGGGGCACAGAUCUGGGGUUGUGAUCCCUACAUGUUGUAACUGUGACACACAGUGGAUGUCAGUGUGUGUGUGUCUGUGAUGCCUGAUUGUGUUCAGUUUCAUGGUGUGCUUAGAAGACGGGCUUAAUUUGCUGUUUUGGGCUUUAUGAAACAGAGGCAGAGGCACAGGGUGCUGCGAUAAGGCUCAUAGCCCUCUAAUCAUUAAAGAUCAGACUGGACUUUGAGUGCGCAGUUAGUACAUUUUUUUAGUUUUUUGAGUGAAAUUUUUUAAUAUUUCCUGUGAUCUAUAUGUGAUCUUUAAUGUCACAUUGAAGUUGAGCUAUUUAGGGGUUUGUUACUAUGUAAUAACAUUGUAAAAAGCAUGUAAUAAUUAUGAACUGCAUUGUUUGGGACCUGCAAAGGCGUCGGUUCAUUUGUGCAAGCCUUAAUUUGCCUUUCUGAAGUUGAUUGAAUGUACUUUGAUUUUUCUCAAUUUAAAAACCGUUUAACUCACUUAGAAUCUGAUAAAAACAGUUGGCAGUCUUGAUAGCGUAUUGAUUUAUGGUUGUUUCCAUAAGCCAAACUAUGUUUGUGGUAUCACAGCGUCGUGCUGGCACUGAGGUGUGUUUUACAGCGGGGUAAAAUCAGCGGGAUCUGCUUCAUCACAAACACAAAAACAAAUACAGUACGCAAAAAUCAGACGAUUGGAAGGAAGGUUUGGAUAAACAAAAAAAUUUAUAUCCGAAAGCUUUUUGGGGGAUUUAAAUGUGUGUUGUGGCUUCAGACAGUGUUCAUAGCUGGCAAGCGUUUAGAAUACAAUAAACGGCUUUCUGCAUAUAAAGUGCAUUAUUAUCUAAAAGCGCCUACUCAUUCAUGUUUAUAACAAUUGAGUUCGUACUUUGAGUGCUAAUAAGUGGUCGGGCUGCAUUAAUCAGAAAGUUAAGUGUGAAAAUUGCCGAGAGUUUUUUUUUCACUCUUGAAACGUGGAGAUUGGAUCGUUUCAAUUAGCUGCGUUCAGUUGGAUAUUACCGCAUGCGAUAUUAGUAUUCAAACAUUGCCGCUUAAGUGAUUUAGUUAACCCUGCAUGUUUAGUGUAGUAAUUUCGCAGCAUUUUCAGCUGUCUGGUGUGUGAGCCUGUACUGUGUGUUUGUGUGUAUGUGGUGAAUUGUGCAGUCAUCGACCACAGAGGCUUCAUUGAUCAGCUGCCGAGCCUCAAUACACAAUGAGACCGGGCCAGCGAUCUCUCCUCUCUUCCACUCCUUCUCUCCUACUGCGAUCUCUCGUUCUGCUCUCCCUCAGCCCACGGGGACAGGCUGUGGAGGCUGAGAACGUGACAGUGCUUGAGGGGGGGACGGCACAGAUCGCGUGUCGUCUUCAGAACUACGAUGGUUCAAUCGUGGUCAUUCAAAAUCCACGCAGGCAAACGCUCUUCUUCAAUGGAACGCGAGCGCUGAAAGACGACCGUUUUCAGAUGGUUCUUUUCUCGCAGCAGCUGGUGAGGAUUACGUUGACUAAUGUUAGUGUGUCUGAUGAGGGCGGCUAUUUCUGCCAGCUCUACACCGAUGCCACACACCACCAGGUGGCCACGCUGUCAGUGGUGGUGCUGCCAGAGAUCCCCACAGUGGAGGUGAAGACCGAGGCGGUGGAGGGCGGAGAGGUGGAACUCACAUGUGUUUCUCCACGGAGCAAACCGCCGGCCACGCUGCGUUGGGUUCGAGACCGCAGAGAGAUCCCUGGUGUGAUCUCUCAGCAGGAGAACGGGAAGACUGUGAGUGUGUCCAACACUAUCCGUAUCCCUGUGGAGAGGAAAGAUAAUGGAGCGGCGCUGACUUGCGAGGCGUCUCACCCGGCUCUCAGAGGACAGAAGCGAAUUCGUCACUACAGCCUGGAUGUUCAUUUUGCUCCUACAGUGAAAAUCAUCCCCCCUCAGGGCAUCCUAAGAGAGGGAGACUCCCUCAGUCUCACCUGCUCCGUUACCGGAAACCCACUGCCACGUGACAUCCAGUGGUCACGAGUAAAUGACUCUCUUCCUGAGAGGGCGGAGAAAACUGGCAACAUACUUCAUAUGUUUCGCCUCAGCCAAUCACACAACGGCACCUACCUCUGUCAGGCGCAUAAUAAUUACGGCCGUGCAGCUGACCACUACACACUGCUGGUGUAUGUGUCUGUUUCACCCACCUCCCAUCCUGCCAUUGCUCAACCCACCCCUCCAUCCACCAGGUUUAAAGACGAGUAUCAAGACCCUGGGGCAGUGGUGGAGACCCACAGUGCAGUUCCAUAUGCGGUGAUAGGGGGCAUCCUGGCUCUACUGGUCUUUACUAUUAUCUGUGUGCUCAUCAUCACCAUCUGGUGCUCCGUCCGACAGAAAGGUUCAUAUUUGACUCAUGAGGCCAGUGGGUUGGAUGAACAUGGUGAGGUGCAGGAGGCAUUCCUCAACGGUAACGAUGCCAGCCAGGGCAAAAAGGAAUACCUGCUGUAGCGCCGCCCCAGUGGAUCACUUCAGAAACACACCAACCACACACACCGCUCUGAAACAGACACACCACCACCACGACAACCAGAAAGAGGCCUCACAAUCGUGCCAUAUGAAGAUGGAGUGGAAAAGAGAGGACGGGAAAUUUAAUGGAAUAGGGCGGAAAAAGAGAACAAGAGAGAGAGGGAGAGGGAGCAGGAGCCAAGACAAGAGUAUAAUUAUUAUGAUUGAAAGAGAUGCGAAGAACCACAAAGACCAUCUCAUCUCUCACACACAUGCCGUUUUAGUUGUGAGUAAGAUUGAGACAACUAGCUGUAACUAUAGGGCCAGGAGAGAAAAGUGUCCAUUUAAAACGGUCCGAUCCAUAACUGGCUGGGACAGCGGCGCUGCGGGAAGCCACAAGGGCUCAUGAGCUAUUGAAUGUCCCAAUGUGAGCAAAUUGAAAUACUUUGCAUUGCCAAAGCAUCUGAGCUUCAGAGACUGAACUAGUAGGAAAUUCAUCCACCAAUAGCAGCGCUGAGACCUCAGAGCUGCCCUUAUAAAGUAUUCAUACCGGUCUAUCACCGUGUUUCAUCCGGCAACUCCAUUAUCUGCUCAUGUUGGCCAAAACUCGCUUCCUGACGAUUUAGUGGUCCUGCUGAAAGACGGUCCCUCUUGUUUUGAUUCUCUCUCUGUGAAACUCAGUUUCCCCCUCUUCCAUUUUCCUUCCUCUCCGUCCUCUAUUUCCACUUUUGUUUGUUAAUAAUUAAAGCAUUGGACAUGUUCUUUUUAAUGACUAGAAUAAAUUGGAGCGGACGGCUCGCUCUGAAACUGUAAAAAGGGGCUUAAUUAUCACGAAGCGUCAAUGCGAACAAAUGAGCGAAGAAGGGUUUGUAUAGAGAACGUGCCAGAUAUUUAAACAUUUUUGAUUGUUACUACACGGAACACUUACACAAUGAAACAUAUCUCUGAAGUCAUUAUUUGUAUGAGGAAAAAGUCUACGAAUAAGUUAAAUUACUCUUUUAAAAACUGAAAAAAAAAGACUUUCUUUUUCGCGCAUUACUGAGCGAUGCUAUUGUACUAACACAGAAUAUUAGCUUAGAGGUGCAAAAUUGAACAAACUACUGUUACGUCAUCUUUAAAAGAAAAAACUGAAAAUUACAAAAAUAUAUAUUUCGUUACGUCUUAAAGAGAUACCUGAGGUCUUAAUUGUUUUUAUUAAUUAUUAUUUGGACUAUUAUGAUCGUUGUUAUUGUUAUUAUUCUUACUGUUAUUAUAAUUGUAAAUGUUAUAAAUUGUAUACUUUCCAUGCUUUAGUUUGACCUGUAGAAACAGCUGUGUACCCACUUUUCUCUCAUCUCUUUCACCUUUCUAGAUCUUUCUAUACUCUUCGUGUCUUUCUCCAGAUUUGUCCGUCUCCUCUUUGUCUUUCACUUCCUGUUUAUUUUAUAGUCUCUGCGUCGCUGUUGAUAUAGCUAACUGUACAUCUUUAUAGGGGAAAGAUACCAAGCACGACAAAAUAAAAAACUUAAAGAAUC